AUGAUUCCUCAUAGGAGUACAGCUCUCCUGUCUGUGAUUGUUUUUGUUGCGCUUCUGCUUUUUAUUUUCUCGUCCUCUCCGAUCCCUGACGCCGGGCAGAAAGAAGAAGUCACAGGCCCAGCCAAGUUUGUGCCAACACCAAAACUACCAUCUCUAAGCAACUUCCACCUUCCAUCGUUCCGCCCUCCCUCUCACGAGCAACCCGAAGAACAGAGCAAUAGCACCCACGGCGAGUCGAAAUGGUACAGCACGCUCGAAUGGCUGAACCCAUUUUCCUCGUCCAUAACCUUGGAUGAGAAUCGCUCCGUCCUACCCCCCUUCGCGAACGAUCUCAAGGAAUCGCAGAAUGCCGAUGCGCAAUUGCUUCUCGCAUGGCGUCGGGCAUGGUUUGCGCAAGGCUUCAGGCCCGUGGUAUUGACUCCGGGGGAUGCAAUGAAAAACCCCAACUAUGAAGUUGUGCAGAAAUGGAAACUUACCCCCAAAAUGGAGAAUGAGGUGUUCAGCUGGCUUGCAUGGGGUCAUAUGGGGACCGGUUUACUCGCGGACUUCCACUGCUUCCCCAUGGCGCGAUAUGAUGAUCCUAUUCUCAUGUACCUUCGCCGGGGAACUGUUCCGGAGUUAAUCACCCGAUUUGAAAAUCUCAAGAAUGGCCUCUACGCGGCGGACAAAUCGCGAAUCGAUGUGGCUGUCCAGAGCGCAGUCCUGAAGCUCACCGAUCAGACACAGUCCUUUGUUGAUUUGAUUGAACCGGAAUCGUUCAAGGUUGAGUCUCCGAGCGCCCUGGCAUUCUAUAAAUCUGCAGCCGUCACCUCUAACUACCCCAUCAUACACGAAAAGAUGGGACAGAACGCUGCGACUGGUCAACUGGCUUUGGUCCAAUUGAUCAAUUCCCAUCUGCACAAUCAGUUCCACAUCUCCUUCCCAGCUGGAAUCGCCGUACUGAAACCAUUCCCUCAACACACUACCGCGCUGGUGGAGCCUGCCCUCCGCCUGGCGAAGGCCCUCAUUGAGUGCCCCGAGUCACCCAUGCCCGAGUCUUGUCCCCCCAACCAACCCGAAUGCCACCCAUGCGGAGCCGCAAAGCAACCCAUGCGUAUCAGCCAGCCUCCGACCUACAAAAAUACUACCUUCCUAUUCACCAUUGGCACCCUUCCUCAUCCUUACACUCUUAUCAGCCUACAGAGGAACUCGGAGGAGAUCACAGUCCCACAAAUCCGCCGGGAGACCACGCGCGACGCAUGGCUAUCUGAUGUGACCAAGGAACAUCUUGGGCUCGAAUUGGGAUCCUCAUACCGAGGAGUCAUCUUCAAACAAGUUGUCGCAGGCGAAGAUGCCGUUGGCAAUUCGCUCUGGAUGACAGUGGAAUCUCUUUCUGCGCAGGCAGGCCAGAGUCUGCCCGGGGAACUCUUGGACGAGUUCGAAUGGCAAUUUGGCUUCAAGAUUCCUCGUGGCGGAAGGAUUGAUCCCGCAACCGAGAACAACAAAGAAACUGCCAAGAGUGCUCAGGACCACACCCCAAGCGAGCAAGGAGUAGGCAAAGAAUACGAGCUGAUCCAGAAGGCUCGCGAUAUCAUUAAGAACAAGAAUACGGACCACAACAUCAAAGAUGUUGUCGAGGCUUGGAACCUCGCAGACACUGAGGUCUGGCGUUUUGUUAAGGCUUACCGAGCCCGGAGCGUCGUAGAGCGCCGGAAGUGGGAGGAGGAAGAGAAAGCUUUCGCCGGCUCAAGGCCAUGA